AAUUAUUAAAAUAUUUAUUAAACCAAGUAACUUUCUGGGUCAUUUUAAAGUAUAAAUUGUCUUAAUAAUAUUAAAAACGCAAUUUGUAUGGCAUUGAAAAUAUUUCGAUUUAAAACCGGGAGAUAUCAAGGCACCAGUAAGAUUAGGAAAAUCGUUUUAUUCGUUCAGUGCACGGUUCACGCAGUGAUGGUGGGGUUGGGUCAGUUGUGAAGUUCAUUAAUUUACAAGUACUCUGAACAUAUUGUAGCAGAAGUCUAAAAUUGACAAGUUUAUCUCUGUUUGGCAUUAAAUAAUAUUUAAAAAAUGCAUCGAGCUCGUCAGGUUGUUAAUGGAUUAGUUCCAUUCCUCCCACGAGCUGCGGGACACAAGAGGUUCGCAGUAUGGCUUCGCCAGAGCUCCACUACCAGCAGCUCGAAUACUAAUCAACCAGCUGGACCCAGGCAAUAUGCCACCGCCUCCGCGGUGAAAGAAGAACCCUUCCUCAAUGGCUCCUCGUCCAACUACAUCGAGGACAUGUACGCUGCAUGGCAGCGGGACCCCACCAGCGUUCACGCAUCCUGGGACGCAUUCUUCCGUGCCAGCGCUGAAGGAGCACCUCCCGGUGCAGCGUAUGCCAGACCUCCCUCCCUUGCCACGCCAGAACGUAACACAGUGCCGAUCACAGCUCUUGGUCCAUACCUCGGUGGUGGCGGUAUUGCAAAUGCUCAGAUUUCAGAAAAAGUUAUUGACGAUCAUCUUGCUGUACAAGCUAUCAUUAGGAGCUAUCAGGCAAGGGGUCACCUAGUAUCAGAGCUUGACCCGCUUGGAAUUACCUACGCUGAUCUUCAUUCUUCUUUCACUGAACGAGGUGGAUCUCCGCAUCCCAUCGUUGUGAGGGACCAUAUGCUUGAGGAUGCAGACAUGGAUCGAGUUUUCAAACUACCAUCGACAACUUUCAUCGGUGGAAAGGAAAAAUCCUUAAAGCUGAGGGACAUCUUAAAAAGGCUUGAAGAUGUCUACUGCAGGCACAUAGGAGUGGAGUUCAUGUUCAUCAACUCUUUAGAGCAGUGUAACUGGAUUAGGCAGAAAAUGGAAACACCCGGAGUUAUGAAGAUCGAUGCGAAUCAGAAAAGACUCAUAUUGGCUCGCCUCACCCGUGCUACUGGUUUUGAAGCUUUCCUUGCUCGAAAAUAUUCAAGCGAAAAACGAUUUGGCCUAGAAGGUGCUGAAAUUUUGAUUCCGUCUAUGAAGCAAGUUAUUGACAAAUCGACUGAACUUGGUGUUGAAUCCAUCGUGAUGGGUAUGCCUCAUCGUGGAAGAUUGAAUGUCUUGGCCAAUGUUUGUCGUAAACCUCUAGAGCAAAUCUUUACCCAGUUUGCUGCUCUUGAAGCUGCGGACGAUGGUUCUGGUGAUGUCAAGUACCAUCUUGGAACAUACAUUGAACGAUUGAAUCGUGUUACUAACAAGAACAUCAGGCUUGCCGUUGUGGCAAACCCUUCACAUUUAGAGGCCGUCGACCCUAUUGUCCAAGGCAAGACGAGAGCUGAACAGUUCUACAGAGGAGAUGGGGAAGGAAAGAAGGUGAUGUCAAUCCUCCUUCAUGGUGAUGCAGCUUUCUGUGGCCAAGGAGUUGUCUUCGAGACUUUCCAUCUUUCUGACUUGCCUGAUUAUACUACCCAUGGUACCAUCCAUAUCGUUGUCAACAAUCAAAUUGGUUUCACCACCGAUCCACGACACUCGAGAUCAUCUGCCUACUGCACAGAUGUUGCCCGUGUCGUGAAUGCGCCAAUUUUCCACGUCAAUGCUGACGACCCCGAGGCUGUGAUGUAUGUUUCUAACGUUGCCGCUGAAUGGAGGAAUACAUUCCACAAGGAUGUCGUAAUUGAUCUGGUGUGCUACAGACGAAAUGGGCACAAUGAAGCCGACGAACCCAUGUUUACCCAGCCUCUGAUGUACCAAAUCAUCAAGAAACAGAAACCUGUUCUCGACAAAUAUGCAGAUCAACUUAUCGCCGAAGGCGUAGUUUCAGAAGAGGAAGUGAAGGAUGUGAGAGAUAAGUAUGAAAAGAUCUGCCAAGAGGCUUACAACAAUGCCGCAAAAGAGACUCAUAUCAAAUACAAGGACUGGCUCGACUCUCCAUGGUCUGGUUUCUUUGAAGGAAAGGAUCCUCUGAAGGUCUCUCCUACAGGAGUCAAAGAAGACACUCUUCUUCACAUCGGGAAAAGGUUUUCUUCUACUCCCCCUAAUGCUGCUGAGUUCGUAGUUCACAGAGGUAUUGAAAGAAUUCUCAAAGCAAGAAUGGCGAUGGUUGAAGCAAGGACUGUCGACUGGGCUCUAGCUGAAGCUAUGGCAUUUGGUUCUCUUCUGAAAGAAGGUAUCCAUGUGCGUCUCUCUGGUCAGGAUGUCGAGAGAGGAACCUUCUCCCAUCGCCACCACGUGCUUCACCACCAGAACGUCGACAAAGCUACAUAUCGACCUCUGUGUAACCUCUAUCCCGAUCAGGCACCUUACACUGUCUGUAACAGCUCCUUGUCUGAAUAUGGUGUACUUGGUUUCGAAGUUGGAUUUUCAAUGACCAAUCCUAACGCUCUUGUGUGCUGGGAGGCUCAGUUUGGAGAUUUCAACAACACUGCCCAAUGCCUCAUUGAUCAGUUUAUUUCUUCUGGCCAGGCUAAGUGGGUGAGGCAGUCGGGGUUGGUGAUGCUGCAACCUCACGGUCUAGAAGGCAUGGGACCCGAACACUCGUCUGCUCGUUUGGAACGUUUCCUCCAGAUGUGCGCUGACGACGCCGACUACUUCCCACCCGAGUCGGAAGAGUUCGCAGUUCGCCAGUUGCACGACAUCAAUUGGAUCGUCGCCAACUGCUCCACACCAGCCAACUACUUCCAUAUACUGAGGAGGCAAAUCGCUCUCCCGUUCCGCAAGCCACUCGUCCUCAUGACACCUAAAUCUCUUCUUAGGCAUCCAGAGGCAAAAUCAUCCUUUGACCUGAUGACUGAAAAUAGUCAAUUCCUCAGGAUAAUCCCCGAUGAAGGCCCAGCCGGCCAAAAUAGAGAACAAGUUAAAAGACUCGUUUUCUGCUCUGGAAAGGUUUAUUAUGAUCUUUCAAAAGCCAGAAGAGACCGUAAAUUGGAAGGAGACGUUGCCAUCGUGCGAGUAGAACAGAUCUCUCCUUUCCCUUAUGACUUGAUAAAGGCAGAGUGUGCCAAGUACCCAGGUGCUGAGCUAGUCUGGGCUCAGGAAGAACACAAAAACCAAGGAGCGUGGUCGUACGUUGCUCCGAGGUUUUCUACAGCUCUCAAUAGAACUAGGCCCGUUCGCAAACACGAGGAGCCGAAUCCUAGCGAGGCCUCCCCUCCACCUCUCCCUAGGACGAUUAGGUAUGAUAAAAAGAGAGGGAUCCUUCUGUCUUCAGUCUCGGGCACUCGAUAG